AAAUUGGCAAUAAGACACACUAACCUCUUCCAUCUCUUUCUUUUAACUUCCGGCUCCGAACAACAAGCAAAAUGUCGAAGAGAGGACGUGGAGGUACCGCGGGAGGAAAGUUCCGCAUCUCUCUGGGUUUGCCAGUGGGCGCCGUGAUGAACUGCGCCGACAAUACAGGUGCCAAGAACCUGUAUGUUAUUGCCGUGCACGGAAUUCGCGGUCGCCUGAACCGUCUGCCGGCCGCUGGCGUCGGUGAUAUGUUCGUGGCCACCGUCAAGAAGGGCAAGCCUGAGCUCAGGAAGAAGGUCAUGCCUGCCGUGGUGAUUCGGCAGCGUAAACCGUUCAGGAGGAGGGAUGGCGUUUUUAUAUACUUCGAGGACAAUGCCGGGGUAAUAGUAAACAACAAGGGCGAAAUGAAGGGCUCGGCCAUCACCGGGCCCGUGGCCAAGGAAUGCGCUGAUCUGUGGCCCCGUAUCGCAUCCAAUGCAAGCUCCAUAGCCUAACAAGCUCCGAUUUUCAAAUAAAACCCUUAACGGAAAACGGCUUGUUUUGAAUAA